AUGGUUGUUAUAAUAUUACUGUUACGGCAGAAAGUAUUGGAAGAAGAGGCGUCGAAUUUGGAUAUACACUGCGAAGCUGCGGUCACCUAUAAGAAUAUCUUUAGAAACACAAAACUCACAAGCCGUUUCAACGGUUUAACUGACGUUAUAUUGAGUGGUAUACUGGAGAAUGUGAAUCGACAGAAGGAUAAUUUGUCUGCGGCAGCCUGGCUUGAGACGUUGGUGGAGAUUUUGGAGCAUGUGCCGUUGGCAGCAAUAAAGCAAUCGAUACUACCCGUAGCGUUGUCGCAGGCUGAACCAAACCAACGGGUUCAACGACGCGUUAUUGCCACACGGCUGAUCGAGAAGCUGUGUGCUGUUCUGCCGUCUUUUGACAUUCGUAAGGAGUUGGCGCCGUGUGUUCAGAUGUUAACACACGAUCAGAACGCGAACGUGCGAAGUUCAAUAGCUCAACGACUUGGUGUAAUUGCGCAGUCUUUAAGGAAUGCGGCCGAUUGCGGGAGUUUGCUGCUGCCGUGCUUGGUGGAGCUGUGCAGAGACGACGAGGUGGGCGUGCGAGAGGCGAUUCUGAACACGGUGGCCGUGUGCUUGCCGCAUUUGAGCAAAGGUUUUGUUCAUUGUUUUGGCGACUGGCUGUUUUGA